GUUGUUUUUUUGUUAUCAAAACUACACCAAGUUCAUUUUUACUUUGAAUAGGGCUCCGAGAAUCUCAGGUUCGGUUCUGUUUGAUUCUAAACCGAAUCUCUUUGUAUACCGAACGAAAACCGAAUAAAUCAAAUAAAUAUUAAAUAGAUAAUGGGACCUCAGAGCAAGUGCAACAGCGGUCCAUGUCGGAUCCUUAGCGCUAAUCCUUAGCUUAGGGUUAAUAUAAUAAUAUUAAUUAUCCGUGUAAACCUAAGGAUUGCCCCGUCGAGAAGGAUUUUAAGGGGCUGAUCCUUGAGUACGUGUCCUCUUCUAACUGGGUGGGCGUCGGUUUGUGUUUCGUUGGGUCAAGCGAGAAAUCUCAUUCUCGACCGAAACCGUAGAAAAAAAAAUCAUCUGGAGAGAAAGGCGAUUCAUCUCUCUUUCGUUUUUGGUAAAUCUUUCUCUAAAAUCGUUGAUUUUCGCUAAAUUAGAUCAGUUAUCUUCUUGUUUCCUCUCAAUCGGGUUGGAUCAUGGGGGUUUAUAUCGAUUUCGUUUAAUGAUUGAAAUGAGGGUUUUUAAAAAUUUUGGGGAUAAAUCGAUUUAGGGAGAGGGUUCGUUUGUAUAUAGGGUUUCAGAUCGAUUUUGGUUUCAAUCGGAAGCGGAUCUUCUCUUUUUUUUCUUACACGGAUUGAAAUCCCAUAUUGGUUUCAAUGUCGGAUCUAGUUGAUUUGUUUGAUCUUGUUGAAUCGAUAUGUUCAUUUUAAGGGAGUAUUCUUGGGGUUCAGUUAAAUCACUACUCGGUCGUAUAUAUGCGAGUGUUUUUGCGAAUGUAAUAAGUAAUCGGUUCUAAUUGAUUCACAGUUCUUCACUUCUUUCAGGUUAAAGAAAAUGGGACAAGAUUACAGCUACAUCCAGCCCUCUUCAUCAUCAGACUCUCUGGACAUAACCUCCCUUCUUGAAGCCGAAGCUCACAUUUACGCGGAUGAAACUGACAGUAGCAACCGCAAUGCAAUGCCGGUUCAGUACCCACGUCAACCAGAGGCUGAUGAUGGAAUCCCCACGACAUGCUACUGUGGAGCUCAGCCUGUUCUCGGCUGCUCUUACACUCCUAAAGACCCAUACAGAAGGUACUUUACGUGCGAUAAUGCUGAUGAUGGAGACUGCCACGUUUGGAAAUGGUGGGAAGUGGCAGUCAUGGAGGAGAUGAGGGAGUUUCAGAGGCAACUUAGUGAUCUUAAGAAGACGGUAGAUGAGAGUGUGCAGAAGCGCCUUAACCUUGAGAAGACGGUAGAUGAGCUUUCAAAGAAGAAAGCAUGAAUUAAGCUAAUGGUCUGUCUAUUAGUCUUAAUAGGUUUGGUGUUAGUGAUUCUGCGAGGUUAGUUUAUGUCCUCUUAUUUAAUUGCAUAUUCUUAGAGGCUUUUGUAAAACGUUUGAAUGUUUAUCUCAUGUUUUUUCAGGAAUUGUUGCAAAGGUUUCUAAGGAGAGUGGCGUUUGUCAGAAUUAUCUGUAAUAAUGUAUUAUUUCUUUUUAAAAAUUAGUACUCUUGUUGUGUUUGAAAUGAAGGUUAAAAUUAGUACUCUAGUUGUGUUUGAAAAGAAAUGGUGUCCGAUGCUAUUUGUUUGGUUUGUAUUGGCAUCAUUUGAUUGGCUUUUAUUACUUAGUUUGAUAGGUAUUUACUCGGAUUAGAAUAGGUGUUAAUGUAACUUA